AUGGCUCCCCAAAAGAGAGUAGAUGAGGUCUCUCAAGUGUCAAUAGGAUUCCAAAACCAAAACCCAAGGUUGAGAAGACAACAGCAAAGGAGGAAGAACCUGCUAGCAAGGAGAAAACCACCUCUUGAAUCACACCCAACGAGGGUGAAUACACCAAACGCGCGUCUCGAGAAUCUAAGAGGAUCGAUGCAUCGCAUCGUAACACUAGCGAUUCGAAACCUGAAUCUCAUGACGAGUUGUGAGUACCGAAUCCAUAGAAACAGUUCGGAAGAUGCAUUACGCAUAUACUACAAGAAGGCGCUUUGA